CUGCAUUUUGGGUUCAUUUUCAUAAAAAGUUAUUCUUUAAUACACGUCUAAUAACUGUUAAUAAUGCCCGUCAAACCACUAUCAGCAACAUCCCUUUCCAUGAAUGGUUUGGGCACAUUCAUGCUACCUUGCAAAAAAAUAGUUUUACAAUAUUGUAACUGGAAUGGUUCCGCCGAGGGAAUGAGACAGUUCAUUUUGAAUGAAUUAAAAGAUUAUGCUGCUUCAAAUCCAAAAAUCGAGUUCAACAUAAUCAAAAAAACCGGCCAUCCUGUCGUAAAAGGUUACUAUCCUUACAACCAAGUCAAAUCAAUUUGUGUCAGAAAUUUAAAACCCUUUGAAAUUAAAAGAAAAUUGGAUUUAAUCAAAAAUAAUUCAUCUGCUCAAUUAACUUCAUACAAGAAUAACGUCACAAGUAAAAAUAAAAACCCAAGAGGUAUUUGGAGUCCCUUUCAUGUUGCACCCUCUCUAAGACACAAAAUUUAAUCAGAAUUCACAUAAAUAUCUACAAAAAUCAAUAUCUUAUUAGCUAUUCAUUUAUUGUAUUACCUUCUUUUGUAAAUACUACAUUUGUCUACGUUUCUAUCCAAUUAAUACUCAUAACUUAACUUUUUAUAUUCUAUAAAUCUGUAG